UCAUAUUAGAGUAAGCAUGGUGUAGCUAAGAAACUAUUUUCCACGAAAAAAGAACGGAAGGAGUUGCAAAGGUAUAAAGAAGAGAUUAGUAACAAAGUCCCUCUUUCUUCCCAUAAAAAGGCUUCGCUUUCAAGUUUCAUCAUCAGCGGGUUUAGAAAGUGAUUUUAUUUUUUUUUCAAUUCCUCGAACUCUCUUCGAAUCUACUGGAUUCCUCGAAACCCAAAACGCAUGUCCGAGUUCGGUCCGAUUUCUACUCAAAGAAAAAUAGUCUGUUGAACUGGUUUUGCAUUUUCCUCACACCAAGUUGUGCAUCAACAAACUCUCCAACAAUGAAUUUUCGACCAGAUAAGUCCGUUAGGUUUCACGACUGGAAAUCCGACAAGGCUUCCGACGUGGAAUACUCCGAGAGAACCGAGGUUCCAGAUGGUUUAUUCCGGAGGGCAAUAAGCUCAAUCUCAGACAAGUUACACGGAUGCUUCUUAAGGAUCAAAAUGUUCAGGAGGUCUUACUCUUUGAAAGAAACGGUUUCGAAAGGGAUUGAUUCCACUCACGAGAUACUUGACCCACAAGGAUCUUUCCUUCAGAAGUGGAACAAGAUCUUCGUUUUAGCUUGUAUCGUCGCUGUCUCCGUCGACCCUUUGUUCUUCUACGUACCUGUCCUCGACAAGGCCAAGAACUGUCUUGAUGUCGACAAGAAAAUGCAGACAACCGCAAGCGUAUUGCGCUCCAUCACCGACAUCUUCUACGCCAUUCACAUGGUUUUCCAGUUCCGUACGGGCUUCAUCGCUCCUUCUUCUCGUGUCUUUGGGAGAGGUGUUCUUGUUGAGAACAGGCGCGAGAUCGCUAAACGUUACUUGUCCUCUCAUUUCAUCGUCGACAUUCUUGCCGUGCUUCCUCUUCCUCAGAUGGUGAUUUCGAUAAUCAUUCCGAGUAUGAGAGAGCCCAAGACUUUGCACACGAAGAAUAUGUUGAAGUUCAUAGUCUUCUUCCAAUACAUACCGAGGUUUAUGAGAAUCUAUCCGCUCUAUAAGCAAGUGACUAGAACCUCAGGCAUACUUACAGAGACAGCUUGGGCAGGAGCUGCUUUUAACCUCUUCCUCUACAUGCUUGCUAGUCAUGUGUUUGGUGCUUUCUGGUAUUUGUUCUCUAUCGAGCGCAAAACCGUGUGCUGGAAGCAAGCUUGCGAGAGAGACAGGAGGAUCUGCGAAAUAGAUUCGUUGUAUUGUAGGGAGCCUCCCACUUUUGGAGACAACACUUUUCUCAAUGCGUCUUGUCCGGUUCUGGAAUGUAACGCAACACGUUUCGAGUUUGGGAUAUUCCUUGGCGCACUUCAGUCCGGUGUGGUGGAGUCUCAUGAUUUCCCUCUGAAGUUCUUUUACUGUUUCUGGUGGGGUCUCCAAAACCUCAGUUCGCUGGGACAAAACCUUAAAACAAGUACAUACAUAUGGGAGAACUGUUUCGCGGUCUUCAUUUCUAUCUCCGGACUGGUUCUCUUCUCGUUCUUGAUCGGGAACAUGCAGACGUAUCUGCAAUCAACAACCACAAGGCUGGAGGAGAUGAGAGUCAAGAGAAGAGACGCUGAACAAUGGAUGUCUCACCGUUUGCUCCCCGACAAUCUAAGGAAAAGAAUCCGACGAUACGAGCAGUACAAAUGGCAAGAGACCAGAGGCGUUAACGAAGAGAAUCUCCUUAGUAACCUCCCUAAAGAUCUUAGACGCGACAUUAAACGCCAUCUCUGUCUCGCCCUUGUCAUGCGUGUCCCUAUGUUUGAGCAAAUGGACGAGCAGCUUCUUGAUGCUCUAUGUGACCGUCUGCAACCUGUGCUGUACACAGAGGAAAGCUACAUCGUCAGAGAAGGAGAUCCUGUAGAUGAAAUGCUCUUCAUAAUGCGUGGGAAGCUUCUAACAAUGACAACAAACGGUGGAAGAACCGGUUUCUUCAACUCCGAGCAUCUCGGAGCUGGUGAUUUCUGCGGAGAGGAGCUUCUAACCUGGGCUUUAGACCCACACACAUCCACAAACCUCCCAAUCUCGACAAGAACCGUUCAAGCUCUCGUGGAAGUCGAAGCCUUCGCACUCAAAGCAGACAACCUCAAAUUCGUGGCUUCUCAGUUCAGACGUCUCCACAGCAAACAGCUGAGACAUACUUUCAGGUUCUACUCGCAGCAAUGGAGGACUUGGGCUGCUUGCUUCAUACAAGCCUUUUGGAGAAGAUGCGUGAAGAAGAGACUAGAGGAGUGUCUUAGACAAGAAGAGAACCGGUUGCAGGACGCUUUGGCUAAAGAAGCUUGUGGAAGCUCACCGAGCUUUGGUGCUACGAUGUACGCGUCACGGUUUGCUGCAAACAUCUUGCGGACUAUACGAAGGAGCGGUUCGGUGCGUAAACCGAGGAUGCUGGAACGAAUGCCACCUAUGCUACUACUUCAGAAACCAGCUGAACCGGAUUUCAAUAGUGAUGAUUAUAUGCGUAUAGUGCCGAUAUAUAAAAAUAGAAGUCUUUAAUAAAAUAUAUUAAAAGGAGUGAGCUUAGAGAUACAAAGCCUCCAUAUGAUGUUAUUAUUCUCUCUGUUACAGAGGUUUUAUAUAUGAUUGGAUAUAAUAAAACUGU